CCGUGCGCCACCGCGGCCGGCCAAGUUUUUUUAUCACACGGUACGCGCUUUAUUUAUUUAUUAUUUUUUCCAAACCGAAUUCCCGUGUGUUUUUUUAUCAACAACACACUUUGCGAACGUGUGUUAUCUGGUGCUGCACACGCAAAAACAUAUCAUCAUUAAUCCCGGUUAGUAUUGCCGACGACAAAAAAUAUCAUCGGUGUCGCGACGAUGCUGUUCUCGUAGGACGGCUAUCGACCGUCCAAUAUUACCGUACGGCCCAGUUCAACGAUGUCACCGCUUGUGCCGUUUCAUUCAACUUCGGACAUCAACAUCGGCUAUCAACAACGGAGCGAUAGCGUUCUGCGAUUUUCUUCGGGUUUGCCAGCUUGAGUACACGCCUCGCCAUCAAUAUGGAUGGUGGCGACUCGUCUGCCGACGAAUAUCAGCGGCCUACCGAUGACCAAGCGAGUGGUUCGACGACGGACACCAUGGGCGUCGCGGCCGCCUAUUUGUUAAUGAAGAAGGGUAAACGUGGAGCCGCCGCAACGAUAGCCGCCGAAUGCGAAGUGCUGGACAAUAAGCUGUUCGAAAAUAUGCCCAGACAAGAGAAACCGCAUCAGGGCUCUGUAGAGGUGUCCAUGGAAGAGGACCAACAAGUUACAAACGUCGACGGACCCUCCGCUACCGACUCGUCUGAGGAAUCGAGCGACGAAGACUCGUACGAUUCGUCAGAUUCUGAUUCCGAUGCCGAUAUCGACGCCAUGAGACAAUUGAGCCGCUGUCGAUUACUCGAUCAGCUGUUGGAUGUCCUGUUAAACCCGUUGAACGCCAUCAGCAAUGUGGGUGUAAGCGGAGGAGAACUAGACUGGAUACGAUGGCUGAUGGCAGGAGGAAAAACAUUAGACGAAUUUACUAAUUUAGUAAAACAAUACGAUUACGGGACAUGCUGUGGACUGGUGUGGACGGCAAACUAUGUCGCCUAUCGUUGUAGGACCUGUAGUAUAUCGCCUUGCAUGUCGUUGUGCGCCGAUUGUUUCAAAGCUGGCGACCAUGCCCAACACGAUUUCAACAUGUUUCGUUCACAAGCCGGCGGUGCUUGCGAUUGUGGUGACACUAGUGUCAUGAAAGCCGACGGGUUUUGUCGGAAUCAUAGUCAUGGGAGUAGUAGUUCGAAAAAAUAUAAAAAGCCUCCGCCAGAUCUUUUGAGGGUAGCUGAGCGUCUCAUGCCUAGAUUAUUAUUGAGACUUGUACAGUAUUUAAGAGAGAACAGCGAUGCCAGUAGCGAUCUGGACCCAAACAAACAUGAAGGUGGCGCGAUGUCGGGUCUAUCAGCCGUUAUCGAUCACACCAGGCCAAUGAUGAACAUAGGAGGACCCGGAGCCGUUCCGGGACUUCCUUUACCGGCCGGCGGCCCUGGCCCACAACAUCAGGUGCACUUCCAGCAGCAUCAAGCCCAUCAUUUGCAACAAAGUGUACAAAUCAACACGCUCAAUAAAAAUCUGGACGACUUGCAACCCUUUUUGAGCGUUCUACACGAUUUGAGUGCGCUCGGUGCUGCGAUGCGUCGUCUAAUGACGGUUUCUUUAACCGAUGAACGGAUUUACAAAUGGGCGUGCGACUAUUAUUACAACAACAAUGCAAGUAUAAGUACUACUGUACCAGGCAAUUCUAGUCACAGUGCUGUUUUCAAAGGAGAAGAGCCGAAGAGCCAACAGAAUUUUCCAUCUUUUUCGUGUGCCGCCACGUCGACGGUGAACACCAUGUACACAACGUACGCCGACAGGGUGCGAGCGUUGUACACGCAAGCGCUGCGACAAUACAAUAUCGGCAUAGGCGGCACUCCGGAACCAGUCGUUUCUGAAAACGCUAUGGCCACCGGACAACAAAAUUUGGCUCAAGCGUGGCCGUUGGGUGGUGUUAGUUCGAGCAGUUCCAGCUCGAGUAGUCCGGAUAGCUCGAGUAGUUCAUCGUCCGAAGAUGAAGAUGAAGAUGAAGAUGAAUACGAUGCGGAGACAUCUCAAGGUAUGGAAGUAGAAUUGGAUGAACGAACCGCUGGAGUUCAUUCGAAAAAGAAGAAAAUGAAAAGAAAAAAGAAACCCAACAGCGGUUCGAAUAAGAACAACAAAUAUCUAUCGCACAGCACGUUUCUACAGGAAAUUGUCUUUUGGACGGUGCGUUAUGAAUUUCCGCAGAAAAUCGUUUGUUUCCUUUUGAACAUGUUGCCGGACGCGACGUACAAAAGAUGUUUGACCGAAGCGUUUACAUCUCAUUACGGCUGCGUUGCCAGAGUGCUGGCAGCCACUCGCGAUUCGGACACUCUGUCCAAUCAUAUAGUGCACAUUAGUGUACAGCUGUUCAGUAACGAAUCGUUGGCAAAGAGAAUGGUGGUGCGUCAUCAGCUGCUGAAAGUAAUGGUGAAGAGUUUGCGCGGCAUGAUGAACAAUAUACUCAUACCGUCGACGCUGCACGUUCCCAGUAGAAACAGACACAAAGUCGUCGAUUGCAGUAAGCCCGUAAUGAAGGAACACUGUUAUUGGCCGUUGGUCAGCGACUUGAACAAUGUACUGUCGCACAGACCAAUUGCCGUGAGGUUCAUGCGGGACGAUCGAUUACUCCGUUCUUGGUUUUCAUAUUUGUCGGUGUUUCAAGGAAUGAACGUCAACUGCAGGGAACUGGGUCAUCAUGUCGAAUUCGAACCCAACACCUAUUACGCAGCGUUUAGUGCCGAGCUCGAAGCUAGUGCUUAUCCCAUGUGGGCCAUGCUGUCGCACCUGUCGUCGACAAACACCAAAACGGCGGCGGUCAGUAAAACCAAUGAAAACGAUGCGUCCACCAACGCUGCCGACAAAGUUGUUGCCGUCGCAAAGAAACGCGAUAAAAAAUCAAAACAUUCCGCCGCCGAAGAUUCGGAAACGUUAAAACUGUCCAAGAGGGUGCUGAGAGCGUGCCUCAAGAGACUGUUGAAAUGGUUGCGUGACGUUCACGGUGAAAAGGACAACGUCAGUUGGGGCGUUAGAAGUUACAUCAAAGACACGUCGGACCGCCAUCAAUUUACUUUUCAUUUGCCGUUGCAUCGGUACUUGGCCGUUUUCUUGUGCCAAGCGAUACGGACGGCUUAUCAACAACAACAACAACAACAACAACUAGAGGAGUUGCUCAAGAAAAACCAAAGCCAAGUCGACGAUUACGACCAGCGUCGUCCACGAGUCAUCAGAAAUUUAUUGGACGAGCUGUUGUCGGAAAUGUUUCCGUCCAAAGUCGGCGGCAACUGGAGUGCCGCUGAAAUUGGAAAUGAAAAUUACGCUACGGCAGCUGCUCAAGGCUGUAAGGGUAACGACAAGUCGAUGGACGGCAUCCUGUUGAAAAUUGCCCAACACCCUUUGAGAGCUCAGGCCGCAUUCUAUGAAAUCAUGACCCAAGGCGCUUGGGUCAGGAACGGAUUACAGAUUAAAGGACAGGCCAUGACGUAUGUCCAGUCGAAUUUUUGUAUUUCCAUGGUCGACGCCGACAUUUAUCUGUUGCAACUGUGCUUGUCGGAGAUUUCCGACGUGCCGUCGUACAUGCGUCUCAUAUUGGAUAAAUUUAAGGCGGACGAGUGGAUGAAGCCUGCCAUGGUAAAUGGAUCACCACAGGGUCUACCCGCAAUGAUGAAAGGAGCCUCUGGAAGUGCCGGAAACGGUAGCGACAACGGAAAUGACGGAUCCCCGGGGACGGGAAACGGGAACGAAGCCGAAGCCGGUGUAGACUAUAACGGCGCAAUAAACGAUAUUACUCCGAGUGCUCUGGAAAGUCUGCUGGUGUUUUUAGCGACAUUGGUUUCAGUCCGUACCAAUUUGUGUACCGACGAAGAUUACAAUUAUUGUCAGACUCAACUGGAAAUGGUGACGCUGUUGUGUGUGUCCGACAAGACUCACAGUCAACUGAUGGAACUCAUGCCCGAACGUUGUGGCGGCGGAGGGUCUACUAAUACCGGAGCGAGUUCUUCGAGCGCAGGGGGCAGUAGCGCGUCGACUACCGCCACUACGGCUAACACUUCUGACCGUGACUUUGAAACUGUUUUGCAAGCGGUGGCCGAGUAUAAACGACCUCAAUACGAGAGAUCGUCGGGCACCAUGCAACAAGGCCUGUACGUUCCCAAAGGCAGCUGUAUCAGCUGUAACAGAAACAAAGAGAACGGCGGCUCGGACGUUUGGUUAAAGCUCUUCGAUCCGAUACACGUUCUGUUGAGAGCAGUGCACCGCCGCGAUUUUCAGUCUUCGAUGGAUCGUUACACUGCGUUCGUUCGAUCCAAAGGCUUGUUAUUGAAUCGGAAUUUACAACAAGACUCGAGUCAGUCGGGUACGAUGAGCUCAACGUCUAGCGUUUGCAGUUCCACUUCGUCGUCCAGCUACCCCAUUCCGUGGCCGCCUUACCGCAAUCCCAGGCGUCAUCAUCCGGCGUACAGAGAUCCGAGGCGUUUACUUUUGGAAUCGCCGGCCUGGCAUGCCGUCGUGUGGCACGCUUUGUACCGAGCGGCGCGCGGCAGUCGAGACAUAAGCGAACACACCCUUAGCCUGCUGGUGUACCUUCUGGAUCAGUCGGUAGCGUUGUAUCAAGAGCGCAAAGAGAGAGAAAAAUCUGAGAAAUUCAACAAAGCCGCCGUACCACCACCACAACAACAGCAGCAUCAGUCGGAGGAGGAACGUCAAGAACCGAUGGAGACCGAUGCUCCUCCGCAACUGAAUUUCCGAUAUCCAUCUGGAGAAAUAAAACCCGAAGGAUCUAUCGAUAAAAAAGAUGCAACGGACAUGAUGACGGGCGACACGGAUGACACUGUAUGUCCCAAGAGGCGUAUACGCAUGGAAAACGAUAUCGAAAACAUAACCGGUUUUAACGCCGACGGAUCACACGGAACUUUGCUGGAGAGAUGGUACUCCAGUGAUGAUUUGCUCGUAAACUUGCGAACCGUCAUAACGCAUAUCGAUUUACCCAGAAGAAAAGUGGCGUCGUCCGCACUCGAUUCGAGUCGGUUUCAUGAAAACAACAGGCCGUCCACGAGUAUUGGCACGAUGACCUCUGGGACCGUAAAUUUUUUGGAUUAUUUCGGUGGAGCAUUAUCCAGUGCCAGUACUAGUGCUUUCAGAGAUCAACCGCAGAGUAAUAAUCCACAGCAGUCCACCAACAGCGGCUUCAUUCCGAUGAUAACAGUACCUUCGUUGGCUUCGUUAGCUAGCGAAGAAAUAAUACCAUCGUCAAGUGCUGCGACAGCGCCGUCGAUAUCGCUUUCUAUUCGCCCUGCGGCAAAUCUUUUCAACACGGCCAUGGCGCCGUUUUACAGUCACAUUAACACUUCUACGACUGUGACCACCACUACUUCUGCCAACCCAACUGGCAGUAGCAGUACAUCAAUAACCGACGCUGCGUUAAAUGUUGUCAAACAACAUUUGCAAUUCCUGAGCAACGCUAGUGCAUCGGUGGCCGGCGUCGUCGAAGGCGACAUGUCGCAACCGCACCUGACGUUGAAGCAGCAGGACCUUUUGCAAAGCGACCCUUUCGAUCAAGGCACUUGUAACAGUUCAAACGCCGCAGCGGCGCUGGCGGCGCAAGAAGAACAAAAAUACGAACAUAUCGAUCACGACGAAUCGGUGCCGGUCGAUGAAAGUAUAAUUUCACUGUUGCUGCGACUGCAUUCGCAGCUGUCGGGUCGUCCAGAUUCGUAUCAGCCACCACCACCUUCUUCGGUUCCCAUCAACGACGACAUCGACGGCCAACAGGAAUACGGACCCGGAGACGGUGCUCAUUACGUGGGCAAGCUGUUGGACAGGAUUGCGUCGAUUGGCGAUGGCGGCGGGCCGUCCGGGUUCUCCUUGUCCUACGAAUGUGUGACGCGCGCCAGGAACACACUGUGGCCGAGGGCCGUGGUGGCCAGGGAAGCGGCCACGCGGGACCUGGAGGAACGCGAACGGCGAGAACGCAAACGGCGGGCACACGACAAACAGCGUCGCAUGAUGGAAGAGAUGGCCAGAGCGCAACGGGCCUUCAUCGAGAACGCCCGUCUGUCCGGCGAACUUGAACUUUCCAACGCCGUGCCGACCUCUUCGACGGGUGAAGAUUUGACGACUACUCAUGCGGCCCGACAACCGAGCAGCAAUUCGUUCAGUAUGGACUACGAAGAGGAAACGCCGGCGGCCGCACCGACCGCUGCAACGCCGAUGGUCACGGACACUUCAUCGUCGACGUCAAAUGAACCGCCGCCCAACAUGACUACCGCUCAACAGCAAGAUAACGCCGCCAAUCAAUCGAUACCCGAAGCGAUAGCGGACGAUAACGUCGAAGCGGCCAAAUCCAGAGUGGAGAAUUAUUUGUUCAACACGGUUUUCGAGACCGCCGUGGAUUGCGUCAUUUGCAACCAAACCGUCACCGUUAGCGAACAACAGCGGCUGGACCCGGUUGGCUUGGUGAUACUCGUUCAAGGUACAAACGUUUUGGCUCAUAGACGCCGGAGAAGAAAGAGAGAACAACGAGGAGGGGUUACGCCUUCGGCGUUCAGCGGCCGCGCAGUGAGCAGCGGCAAGUGUAGACGGAUCUGCGGCGAACAAGGAAGCGGCGGCGGCGGACAAGUGGCGGCCGGUGCGGUUGCCGAUGCGGCCACGGUGGAUCUGUUGCAACACGGCGAAGACGUGAUGAUGGUGGAACCGGAAGAAGACACGGAAAACUAUUCCGAUUGGCCCAGCUUGCCGCCGUCGCCGUCCAAACAACACCACAAUCAGUUUUCACUACUGCAGUGUGGCGGCGCACCGCAAGACGCCGCCGCCGGUACCUUACACGAUGGCACCGCGGACGGGGGAGUAGAUAAUUCCACGUCCACGUACGGUGCAUACGUGGACAGAAAGAGACAACUGUUGAAUCAACAUUUUAUGAAUUUGGACAUUACGGUGACAGACUUGCAAGCCGGUGCGGGACGAACAGUUGGAGGAGUUCACGUACAAACGUGUGGCCAUCACUUGCAUCUCAGGUGCUGGCGUUCGUAUUUGGCGUCUCUGCGUGGAGCUCAACGAUACGCGUCGGACAGGGGAGAAUACAGUUGCCCGUUGUGUCGACAGCUAGCGAAUUCCGUGUUGCCGUUGACCAACUACGAUUUCCGCCUGUCCGUAUUGCAACUGCGGCAGACGGCGCAGCACUCGAAUUCUCCGAUGGGCCAUUACAUGGAGACCAUUGGCGGUUUAGUGCAAUACUUGCAAAGGCAUCAACGGGUGUACAAACAACACGUUAGCAAAACUGUCGUGCAACCACCGCAACAAAUGACCAGCGGCAGUAUAUUGUCUUCUCGCAUUAUGGGCGUGUUGUCCGACACGUCGGUAAUGCCGCGCGUCGAAGACCAUCACGUCGUGGCCAGCAGCAACACCACCGGCGUAUAUAACUAUUACUCGUUGGAACAAGAUCCUUUGACGGACGCUAUAAACAGAUGUGUCGACGACAUGAUCACCAGCAGCAACAGUAGCGUUGGCAAUUCAAUGUCGGCUGCAGCGGUGGCGGCGGCGGCGGCGGCCAACCCGCCAACCGGCGGUAAUACUUCAAACACCACUUGGCAGAGUAUCGUGUCCGUAGCUUGGACAAACAUACAAGUGGAACUGGUGCAACGCGACAACAGCUUGCUGCCGCCGCCUUCGGGCGCGUCAAAUGUUCACCAUCAGAGUGGCAGUAGAUACGUCCAGGGUUACCAUUAUUACGACAUGUUGCCCAAGCGUAGUUGCACCGCUCCUCUGUUGAGAGUGUUGAACGCCAGAGCGCGCCGUUUGGUAAACGAUCCUGACCAAGAAAACGUGUUGUCCGAGAUUUGGUCACAGCUGACGGGGCAAGAUUAUCCGGUUAUGCCCAACAAAGAUACGAUGGACGUGCGGCAGAGACAAUUGCCGUUGAUGUUGCGUGAUCCGUGUUCAGUUCUCUUGCAACUGGUGUUGCUGUUGCCACCUUCUAUCGAACGUAACUUAUUUGAUACUCUGGUGAAACUGUUGUACAACAUGCAGUUAUACGCAACCGCUCUGAAAGUAGCCGUUACUUCUACAUCAUCGUCUCUGUUGUACGACAACUACAAAGAAACGGCGGCGGGUUCCAGCGAUUCUAGUCAAAAAGUUGCCGCUGCAGACAACAACACGGCGCACAAUAAAUCCCAUCAUUUCAUUCGGGCUGUGUAUUUAGCGAAAACUAUGGUGUUACACCGUAAAAGCAUCGGCGACGACGACAACGACCAAAGCAAAGACGACGACAUCAGCGACACCAACGACGGUCAUCAAUGCGAUAUGAUGAACAGUAGUGGCGGUAGUACAAAUCGAACGCUGUCCGAGGACGAUUUAGAGUCGUACGCCAGACAAUGCAGUUUACCGUUUUUGAGGUUCGCCACGUUGUUGUGCCGGCACAUGUACGGAGGCAACGACGAUGAGAUGUUUGCGCAUUUACAGUUAGCGCACAUGACGGAAGACUCGAAAUGGAGAAACAAGAAAACGCCGUGCUGUCACAAUAAACGGUUCUGCAGAGACGAUUACGAGUUCCAAAUGCUGGUCAGAUACUUACGGUUAAUAGACGACGGCGCCAAGGCGAUGCCCAAGGCUAUGGAAGCGUGCAAUUGGCCGGUGCAGAGCCCGAACGACAGCAGCAUAGCGAUCAGCUGGUUUUUCACCGUGCGACAAUCGCUGCGGAACAUAGCGAGCACAACGAACAACGACGACGACGGACCGCUGCUGAUGAUGACCGCCAGACAGUUGUUGGCCGUGGACGACGACGACGACGACAACGACACCGCAGCAGCGGCGACUAGUGCGGAUGCCGCCGGAUGUGUGACCGCCGUCAAUUGGACGGGACCCCGCUUGUUGAGGUUACCGCAUUUGUACGACGACGUGUUCCAAUACUACCACGGCCGUCCGUGUCAUCGCUGCCACGGCGUGCCCCGAGAAACUAGCGUUUGCUUGGUAUGCGGAACUGUGGUGUGCCUAAAGGAGAACUGUUGCAAAACCGAUAACGUUUGCGAAGCCGUUCAGCAUUCAAUCGAAUGCGGCGGCGGAACCGCAAUGUUCUUGGUGGUCACUUCAAGUUCGGUCGUGGUGAUCAGAGGAAAGCGAGCGUGCCUCUGGGGAUCCGUCUACCUGGACGCUUUCGGAGAAGAAGAUCGUGAACUAAAACGAGGAAAACCGUUGUAUUUGAGCGCCGAGAGGUAUAGACUAUUAGAACGACAGUGGUUAGCGCACAGAUUCGAUCACACCAACAAAAAGUGGGUGUGGCACAGAGAGCAACUUUAACAAUAAUAAAAAAAAACGUUUCAAUCAAAUCGUUGUCUUGGGCAAGUCUUGGGCCUUUACCAAAAUAUUUACCAUGAAAAUAUAUAAUAUAAUACUAUAAUUUAGCUGAUUUAUAAUAAUAUUAUUAUGAUGUAAGAACGACGAUGUUCGUAUUUUUUAACGCGGAUUCAACAACAAUAUAUAAUAUUAUAUAGUCGCGAAUCUAUAUUUAUUAUUAAUACAAAUUACCGUUACUAUUUUAUUUAAUAAUAAUAAUAAUAAUUAUUUCUACGUGAAAUACUGCUCGUGAACAUGAUGUGUAAUAUUCAUUUAUAAUAAUAUUAUGUAUAAAAAUAUAUUUAUUUAUACGGUUUAACACCCAACAUUACA